AUGCCAAAUCUUCCCCUUAUAUCGAAAAGUGAGCUGGCCAGUCACAAUACUGCCGAAUCAUGCUGGGUCUCUCUAUACAAUAGAAAGGUCUUUGAUAUCUCACAGUUCCUUGACGAGCAUCCCGGUGGACCCGAGAUCGUGAUGGAACAUGCUGGUAAGGAUAUUACCAAGGUUUUGUCUGAUUCUGAUACUCACGUGCAUUCUGAGAGCGCCUAUGAGAUGUUGGAUGAUGGUAUGCAGAUCGGUUAUUUGGCUACUGACGAAGAAGAGAAGGAGCUUUUGAAGAAGCAUAAAGGUAUGGAGGUUACCAUGGAUGGUGCUCCUGCUGACGAUAUGAAAACGGUGGAUUUGACCGAGUUUGGCGAGAUUCCCGAAGAUCUCUUCCAUUUGAAGACUGAUCCAACAGCUGACUAUAAGAAGUACAAAUUCUUAGAUUUGGAUAAGCCUCUGAUCAUGCAGGUUUUGACCGCUCACUGGACUAAGGACUUUUACUUGGACCAAAUUCAUAGACCUAGACAUUAUGGUAAGGGUUCUGCUCAGUUGUUUGGAAACUUCCUUGAGCCAAUUAGUUUGACUCCUUGGUGGGUUAUUCCUAUUCUCUGGUUGCCUGUUAAUAUGUACAUCUUUUACCAAGGCUUCACUCAUUUGAGUCCAUUUGUCUCCAUUCCAAUUUGGCUUGUUGGAUUGUUAGCCUGGACUUUAAUCGAAUAUUGCAUGCAUAGAUUCUUAUUCCAUAUUGAUCGUUUGUUACCUGAGAAUCAGAUUGCAUUUACCGUUCAUUUCUUGAUGCAUGGUGUUCACCAUUUCCUUCCAAUGGAUAGAAUGAGAUUGGUCAUGCCUCCUGCUUUGUUUGUGGUUCUGGCAACUCCUUUCUAUAAGAUCGUCUUUGCUGUUUUCCCUUAUUAUGUUGCAUGCUCUGCAUUUGCUGGCGGUUCCUUAGGCUACAUUCUAUAUGAUAUGACUCACUAUGCUCUUCAUCAUGCCAAGUUGCCUGCUAUCUUUAAGACCAUUAAGGCUAGUCACUUAGAGCACCACUACAAGAACUAUCAGUUGGCAUUCGGUGUUACUACCACCUUCUGGGAUAAAGUUUUUGGUACUCUUAUGAAGCCCGAAGCUACUUAUCAGAAGCGUGUCUAA